ACGUGCAUGGCACCAAGGACAGGCGAUAAUUUUAAUAUAGUUUGUUCACUUUGCUGUCUCCCUAAAGCGGCAAAAUUAUACUGACUGCGAUUUCCUCGACCAGGACGCAGACUCAUAUGCCCGACGUUAAUAUCUCCGAGGUUAAGAUCAAGUGAAGCAACAACGCAAUGAAUCUAAGCAGUGAUAUUGUUGUCAUAACAUGUCUUCAUCCUGACAGAGUUUACCAGUUUGGGCCCGCAGAGUCUUACCAUUUCAUCAACAUUCCUCUCAUUGUGGUCAAUCUAUUCCUGCUGGUCUUCAUUAUUCUUGGUAAUAUUACUGUAAUCAUGGCAUAUUUUCGCAAUACAACACUCCAGAGCGUACCAAACAUGUUACUGAUAAUUCUCGCGUUCACGGAUUUGUUUGUUGGAAUCGUAGCCCAGCCAUUGUUUAUAGCCAUUCUUGUCAGAGAUGUUCUUGGUGCCAAACCAUUAUGCUGGCUAGCGUUGCUGUCCAGUGUAACUUUAAAGUUUUGUGGUGGUGCAUCGUUGAUGACUUUGAGCCUUAUUAUUUCCCUGGAACGGUAUUUCGCCAUUUGUUACCCGCUGAAGCACCGUUGUUGGAUUACAAAAACACGACUGAAAAGAGCGGUUGGUGCUUUAUGGUCGUUCCUGCUUACGCUAAACGGCUCCCUAAUUCGUGUAUUGAGCUACAAAGCCUAUUUCGCAUUUAUAAAUAUUCUCGUUUUUACCGCAAUUGCCGUGACCGCGUUUUCAUGCUGUGGUAUAUUGAUGACACUAAGAAUGAGAAAGCAAAAGUAUAUUUUGACUGUCAAGAUUGACGGACGAUUACGAUCUCACGGCGCUGCAUCAACUUUAAACAACGCAAAAGAAAACGAUUAUAAAAUCGCUGUAACAAUGUUUUAUAUUAUUGCCGCUAUAGUUGUCUGUUAUACGCCAAUGUUUGCAGGCGUGGUAUAUGCACAGGUCAAGAGCAGGGAUAAACUGUAUCUUAAGUAUUUUUACCCGAUCACAAUGACUUUGAUGUUUCUAAAUAGUCUUUUAAACCCCGUGAUCUAUUGCUUACGAAACAAAAGGUUUACAAACGCAAUACGAAAGAUGAAAAAUCAGGAGAAUGGCGAACAACAGCAAUCUAAAAGUCAAGGACUGCUUGACCACCCGUUUGAAGAAUAAUUAAUAUCUGGGUGAAAAACGUUUGGGAUAUCUGAAGUCAGAGCUUCUGUAUUCUUCUAUCUAAUCUAAUCUAAACAUACAAGUGAUACAACACACACUCUUCUAGCUUUCAAACUGCUCCGCUAACUUUGAGAUAAUUGUUCAAGACCCUUGCAAUCCUGCAUGUAUAUCAUUUAAU